CCUGCUACUGGGCUCCUACUCACUCACACAGACAGACGGAGCUCUUCACGGGAGAAACAAACCUCUCAACCCCCCCAAAUACAGCCGCUUAGAAACCCGCGAGUCUCCCACGCGUGAAGAUAGACUCCAGUGAGGAAGGAGCUGCGGGAAGAACUGACAGCUGGACAAAUAACCGAAGGAUUUGUGGAUCUGCACGUGGACAAAGCUCUUCUAAACACGCCGGAGAGAUUGGACCCCUCCAUCCAAGUUGCUUGCCAGCGAUUCACUCCUGCCUACACCAAAAAUGAAUACCAAGAUAUUCAUCAGCAAGGAACUCUUUUCACCUCACAAUGAAAGGUUGCUUGCAGUGGUACAAGUCAAGCGGAGAACGAAGAAAAAGAUCCCUUUCUUGGCUACCGGUGGUCAGAGAAAUUACCUGACUUAUAUCUGCCUCUCAGUGACUGAAAAGAAACCGUUCCGCGUAUCCAUCACUAAAGUAAAGCAGUUCUACGGACAAUCUGAUUUUGUAAAAAGGUCACAGUGGACGAUUGAUCAGCUACAGCAGGUCAAUGGCAUCGACUCUAGCAAAGACUGUCCAGAGUUUGACCUCAGCUUUGAUAACACUGUGGACCAGUGGGCCGCCUCUUCAGCGGGAGAUAAGUGCACCUUUAUUCAGGUUCUCCACUACACCUGCCAACGUUACUGCUUAGAGAAGAAACCCGAGUUUGUCAACUGUCAAGCUAAACUGCUCGGAGGUAACAGUAUCCUGCACUCGGCUGCAGACAGCGUGACGAGUGCGGUGCAGAAGGCCAGCCAAGCUCUGAACGAGCGCGGCGAGCGAUUAGGUCGGGCCGAGGAGCGGACCGCAGACAUGAUGAACAGCGCCGAACAGUUUGCUGUCACAGCACACAAGCUCGCUAUGAAGCACAAGUGUUAAACCACUGCCAAAACCAACCGGUCCUGGUGGAGGGGGGGUUCGGGGUUGUUGGGUUGUUGUCAGUUGCUGCACAGGAGGAUUCCAGAUUUUUUUUUUUCCCGAGAGAUAUGAUUAAUAUUUGUUAACGUGUUAAUAUUUUUGGGCUGUUGUACUACUGCAAUUCAUUCCUAAUGAUGGUGAUGCAUCGCGCACAAAGGUGGAAGGUGGUUAAGCAACGCUCCUGCAAACUAGCAGCAACAUAUUUCUAUUUGCCAAAACACCUUCUGGGUUUUUAUGUGGUCAAAUAGAAGUGUUACAAAAAUUGGUCAAAUUCAAGACUAGAAACGACUCGUUUCGGAUUAUAAAGUGUUAUUUUUAUGUACCGUCGUUCAUAAAUUCAUGAAGCCAAAGUUUCACCUGCAAAAAUAUUUUAGAAAUACAUUUAAAACAUUUCCUUUUUUUUAAGCUUAACUUUCUUAUUUGUUUAUUACAUGUAUUUUAAGGUCCAAAAUUUGAAAUUACCUGAUCAGUAUUAGUAAAAAAAAAAAGCAUUUAAUUUUGUAAGUUUAGUUGCAUAUAAAGAAGAUGAAUAUUUUUGUUUUAUUAAGAAAUAUGUGCCAAAUAUACUUGAAACCCUCACAAAAAUGAUGACAUUAAGUACACUGUAUAUUGAAUAAUGUUACGGGGAGGAAGCAGCUUCUGCACUGUAAAAAGCAACCUUGUAAUGGUGUAAUCCACAUGUCUGUUGAGCUAAUCUGUCCUUCUCCAGUCGUCUCACGUUGUGCUCUUUUGUAUCAUCGAGGUGAAGCGUGUUUGCUGACACAGGGCUAGAAGUCUCAGACUGCAGCAGAAGCUUGUGAUACUUCUUCCUUUUCUUCUCCUCACUGACUCUAUCUUUGGCUUCCUCGCUGGUAGAACCUCCAUCCUCACACUUCAAUUUAAUUUUUUCUAUAUUUUGAAUUUUCUAAUUCAUAAUGUGACAGUUCACAGAGAACCUUUUAUCGCUGUCGAGUUUACAAUGAAAUGUUCCAGUUGCCUAAUUCCUUGUGUGCUUUUUUAUUUUUCUCUGUAACACCAGGGAUGUUUAUUGCUUUAAUUCAGACACAUAAUGGUGGUUUUUGUUUGUUUAGUGUCACUUUUGCAGCGUGCUUUAACAGUUCCACCAAACGCAGUUGUUCUUUGGUUCCAAUUCACUUUUUUUAUUCCACAAACAAAAUUUGCCACUGGCUUUAAAGGGUCAGAAUGUCACGUUCUGUAUUUGAUUUGUUCAAUAUCAAUUCACUGAUCUCUGCUCCACACAGCUGUUCAAUAAAGUCUGUUUCACUAUCA